AUUUCAAUCACGAGAAAAGAAUGGCGUUGGCACAACAAGCAGACGCCGAGAUGGCGGCAUAUCGCACGCUUCAAGAAGAGGUGAGCGUCCUUGCGAACCAGAGACAGCUUUUCGCCCAACAACAGAAUGAGAACAGCAUGGUCAAGCAAGAACUGGACUUGCUUGCGGACGGGGCCAAGGUAUUCAAGUUGGUCGGGCCCGUCUUGCUCAAGCAAGAUACGGCUGAAGCCAAGUCAAACGUGACAAAGCGUUUGGAGUUUAUCCAAAAGGAAAUGGAAAAGGUCGAGAAGAAGUUGGCUGCAAAGGAAGAGGAGGCUGUGAAAAUUCGUCAAAACAUCGCGUCCAUCCAAAUGCAAAUGCAAAAGAACGCUGCGGAAAGCGCUGGCACUGCGGCUGCCCAGGCGCAAGCACAACUCGGCCGUUAAUUGAUAAUGCGAUCGCAACGUCGUGGGUGGGA